CCAACCACCAAACCCUCUCUCCCACUUUCCACCCACACACGCACAGAUGUUCAUACACACCGCCGACUCUGACUAGUUUCUUCAGAUGCUGCGACCAAGACAAUAAUAACAACUAAGCAUAAUUUCCCCGAUGUCAGGGUGUAUUACCCAGACCAGUCGUAUCAUUUCAGAAAAUCCAGGGGACAGGAGAAAUAUCAAUCCUUGGGACCAGUGGAGCCUAGACGUGCACAAUUGCUUGGCCUGCCAUGGUUCGAUUUCCCAUUUGUUCCUGCUAGCUAGGUUGCUGCGAAAGAACUACCGUUCAAGAGAACCAUGGAAACACAGCAUUACGACUCCCUGCUGUGUACCCUGUACUAAAAGUCCGGAUGUGUUCUGUACCUCCCGUCCCUCCGAAAACUCUGAGAGAAUGGCGGAACUGGUCCCGCAUUCAAUGUGUGUGAGACUCUACUUUAAUGGAGGUCUGAAAAUAACAAUGAACCACAAUAGGUCCCUUUACUCUUAUUUUUUUUUUUUUAUAAUGCCAAUCCUGACACUAGGAUAGAUACCGCUCUUAGGGGUUUUUUAUGUCUUGGAUCGCCUUGGACUUUUUCCCGAUCGGAUCGGACUGCCUUUCACCUGAGUGGUGUCAAUCCACUCCGUGAUAGGGACUAUACUCCAG